AUCAAUUCUAGUGGUCUGAAUAUGUGGUGUCUUUAAUAUUAUAAAUCUAUAUAUAGUGACACAGGCACAGCAAACGCUUCACAACAGUUUGUAAGACUUUUCCCCAAGUCAAUAAAUGAUGGAAUUUGGUUUUGGAGAGCGUAAAAAGCGUGUCAAGCGUCAGUUUCCUAGGUCUGACACUGUUGGAUUUACGUUUGGGAGUUCUUUACGGCCACGAACUACUGAAGGAUCGUUUGGCAAUUUUUCACAGCCACGAACUACUCGAGGAUUGUUUGGCAAUUUCUCACAGCCAUCUUCUUCUAGAGGUUCAUUUAGGGAAGGUCCUUCGUGGCCACAUACUACUAAUACUUCAACUCAGACAGAAGAGUUGGAUUUGCCUUGCAGUGGGAUAGCUGUCCGAGCUAGUAAGCCAAGUCAUGGCAAUCUGGUGUUGUCAUCUCUGCGUGAUCUCAAAGACCAAGAUAUUGUUUGUGAUUUCACUAUGAAGGUUGGGGUUAAAUCUUUCAUGGUCCAUCGUGCAGUUUUGGUCGCCUGUUCAGAAUAUUUUCGAGCCAUGUUCAAGCAUGAUACAAAGGAGUGUCAAGAAAAUGCUGUUUGUAUGAAAGAUGUAGAGGCUGAGGCCGUGAAAGAAUGCAUAGAUUAUAUGUAUUCUGGCAAUGCUAAUAUUAAAGUAGAUACAGCAGGGGAUAUCCUGCAUGCUGCAAGUUUAAUGCAACUAGAGGAACUUAGAGAAUCCUGUUUCAAAACAAUUGAAGAAAAUGUAAGUUCAGAAAAUUGUCUUGAUAUUGCUGAUAUACUUGAAAUAUACUCAUGUGAUGAUCUUCAAAAAAAAGUUGAGCUUUGCAUAAAAAACAAUUUUUUUGAUGUCAUCAAAACAGAAAAAUUUGCUUCGAAAUCAUUUGAUGAUCUAAUUAGUUUUGUUUCAAAUUUUGCGAAAUGUGAUGAAUUUGCCUGGAAAGCGUUGAAAUCAUGGAUCAAUUACAAUGAAAGUGAAAGAAGUGAAUACAUGGAUGAGUUGAUAAAACUCAUUAAGCUGGAUCAAUUUCCAUCAGCGAAUCUACUUCAGAGUAUCGCAAAUGAUUCUCUGAUUAAAGAUUCACAAAAGCGAUUAGAUCUUUUCAUCAGAAGAAUUUUUUUAAGCACGGGUGAGCUCGGAAAAAAUUUGAACAUGGAUAAUUUUUUCAUUGUAAGGCAAUUUCAAAAUGGAUUGAAACAUACUACAAAAGAGGCACAAAAUAUUAUUGAUGAAUUCUUAAUUGAUCAAUAUGAGCAAAUUCUCAUUCAAGAUGAAUUUGUUUAUUUGACAGAAAAAGAAGUUUUUAUGAUUCUAGGAGCUCAGAAUGUUCAGUGUUUAGCUCCAGAAGAACUGAGAUGGAAUGCAAUUAUCAAAUGGCUAAAGUAUGAUUCUGAACGAAUGCACUUGGUUCAUGAGAUGAUAAAAAAUGUGGAUUUUAGCCAGUUACCCAAACAAUUUAUUCAGGAUACAGUGAGGCAGGAGCCAUUGGUAAAAGAUUCACCAGGAUGCAUGAUGAUGCUGAUGGAUGGAGUGUUCAAUACCAAACCAAACUACAGCAAUCCAACUGAAUGCAUUGCUGUUAUGUUAGAAAAUGGUCUAAUACAUGCUUUUUAUCUUGAUGGAAAUAGAACACGUCUUGAAAUUCCAACCAUACCCACGGACACAGGUUCAAGAAUAUUUUCAUUCAAUGGAAAGUUGUGCUUAUUUAAUACCACAGGCAUUUAUUAUUUUGGCACUAACAAGGAAUGGAUAAGAAAAACUGUAGCACGAGGUGUUCCGCCACACUCAAAAGUUGUUGUGUUGAAAAAUAUGAUUUAUUUCAUUUCUGAAGAUGCUUCUUGCGGGUAUGACACUCUAAAUGACAGAUGGAACAUGAAAUUGCCUGUGUGUGAUGGUGAUGUGGCAACUCUCGGUAAUGAUAUAUAUGCAUUUCAAGGAAAGCAGAAUGCUAGCGUGCUGAAUGAAAAUGGAACAGAAUGGCAUAGCAUAUAUAGGGGAGAUCAUUACAUUUCUGAUGAUGAAGAUGAGGAAUCAAUCAGUCUCAAAUUCAGUGUCGCUUCUUUCGUAGGUGAUAUAUAUGCUGUAACAUUUGGUUCGAAUAGUUUGGGGCGGUUCAGUCAACAAGAUUCCGAAUGGUACGAUGUAAGCAUGUUUCCAGGUUCAGCACCAGAGAAAGCAUGCUUGUUCGUUGCUGACGGAAAAUUGAUUGUUCUAAGUAAAACCUCGUCUGAGGCUACGUUGUAUGCUUACGAUAAGAUUUGCAACCAAUGGAUGACAAUGAAGGUCCUUCCAUGGGUAGCAACUGCCCAGAUGAAAAUGGGAGAAUGCCAUAACUUUUCUGCUUGCAGCUUCAGGUUUGACAGCUAGAAUGGCAGAGAGUGAAAGAUAAAUACCAAAUUAUCCAUCCACUUAAAUAAGUUUCAUUAAUACCCUUAUUUGUUUUGUAUAUAAAAAAUAAUUAGGCAGAAAUUCAUGCGGAUAGUACUAGGAAAUGUAUAUUGAACUGUAGGUCCUUUCUCAUUGUCUAAUUUGAAUACAUAUGUAGCCAUUGCAAGAAUAAUUGUACGAGAUAUUAUUAUUAUUAAAGAGAUUAUGUUUUUAUUAUAGAAAUUAAUGGUUAAAAUCAAUCAGUAUGAGUAUUUGAUUUCUCUCUCUCUGUGUUUGGCCCAAUUUUUCAGACACCACAAUGCUUAUUUAAAUGGCUCAGUAAGUUAAAUCUUUUUAUUGCAGGGACUGCCCAGCCAUCUCUUGAUUUUCUCCUGAAAUUUCCCAUUUUUGAAUUCUUUAGUUUGCUACAUGACUGUUUGAUCCCAAAGUAGCAAUGCAUUUUAUUUCUGUCCACAAGCUUAUACAUUAUGGAUGGUAUACUUUAUGUAAUAUUGUUAUCAAAUUGAGCAUUUACAUAUCGAUGUAGGCUUUUCGGGGCAAGCUAGGAUUGCAGCUUCAUGCAAAGAUCGGAUAUAUCUAUUUGCUUUUUUUCUUUUUUUUUAACUUUUGAUUUCCUAAUGUCUGUUUUGCCCCAAAAUACCAUACCAUAUAUAUUAUAUUGGUUAUCAUAAAUUAUUUUAUAUCAUUUUUGCUGAUUGACCACUAAUCGUAAAACUUGUAUACGUUUUUGUAUUAGACUAUUCAUGAAAAUACCAUAACAUAUUAUAUUGAUUUCAUAAUGCUGUGCAUUUCUCAUUAAGUCCAAUCACUGUGGCAAAACUUGAUUUCCCAUCAAACAUAGGAUCAUUUAACUUUUGAUAUUUGUAUGUAAUAGAAAACUGUAGUAAUGAAUAGAAUGCACCAUUUCAUUUUUUGCCUAGAACUGAAAUUUCUUAGUGAUUGAUUGCCUAUUUAGGUUUUAAUUUUAUAGUAC